UGGCAAAUUACAUUACAUCAGCCUCGUCCUCGUCCAGACCGGGGAAAAAGGCCGGUGCUAAUCUUCUAUACGAAGUCUUGAACACACUCAGUCUCCUCACUCCUCCUUAGAAUUCUCUGCAACGAAAUCCAUGCAUUAAAGAAACCUUGCUUUCCAUCCAUUGGGAAGAAAAGUCUCAGAAGGAGGCUCUUCUUUUCUUCUUCUUUAUUUGAUGAUAUCUCCACAGUAGAUCUGGAAGAGAGCAGCGUUCAGGAUUGGUUUAUUUAGAGGUCCAGGACCGCUGCAAAGAUGGCUACGACACUGGCUUGGAGGAUUGCUACCAGCAAUGGCAGCAGCCAUGGAACUAAUGAUGUGGAAAGAAAUGGGGACACAAAACAUCAAGACUUGGAGACUCCAACUCCACACUUAAGCAUUAAGGCUGGCUUGAGGGAUCGUGGAACCAUGGAGGAUCCAGAUGGGACAUUAGCAAGUGUUGCCCAAUGCAUUGAGCAAUUACGGAGGAGUUCUUCAACUGUACAAGAGAAAGAGAGCUUAUUGAAGCUAUUGUUGGACCUUAUUGAUACACGCGACAAUGCUUUCAGUGCAGUUGGAUCUCAUUCUCAGGCAGUUCCUAUACUUGUUUCUCUUCUCAGAUCAGGAUCACUUGGAGUGAAGCUGCAGGCUGCUACUGUUUUAGGCUCUCUUUGUAAAGAGGAUGAACUGCGGAUAAAAGUCUUGCUUGGGGGAUGCAUUCCACCAUUGCUUUCUCUCCUUAGAUCCAGUUCUGCAGAAGGACAAAUUGCAGCUGCAAAGGCUAUUUAUGCUGUAUCUCAAGGUGGGGCUAAGGAUCAUGUUGGAUCAAAGAUUUUUUCAACUGAAGGAGUUGUUCCUGUGCUUUGGGAGCAACUAGAAAAUGGGCUUAAGGCUGGAAAUUUUGUUGAUAACCUUCUAACUGGAGCUUUGAGAAAUCUGUCUAACAGCACUGAGGGGUUCUGGUCUGCAACAAUAGAAGCAGGAGGAGUCGAUAUACUUGUGAAAUUGCUCACAAUUGGACAAUCAAGUACCCAGGCAAAUGUUUGCUUUCUUCUUGCAUGUAUGAUGAUGGAGGAUUCAUCUGUGUGUUCUAGAAUCUUAGGUGCAGAAGCCACUAAACAAUUACUCAAGCUAUUAGGACCUGGUAAUGAAGCCUCUGUUAGAGCAGAAGCUGCGGGUGCUCUUAAAUCCCUCUCUGUUCAGUGCAAAGAAGCAAGGCGUGAGAUAGCAAAUUUUAAUGGAAUACCUGCUUUGAUAAAUGCAACAAUAGCUCCAUCAAAAGAAUUCAUGCAAGGUGAGUGUGCCCAAGCAUUACAGGAGAAUGCUAUGUGUGCUCUAGCAAAUAUAUCUGGUGGUUUGUCGUCCGUCAUCUCUAGUCUUGGUGAAAGUCUUGAGUCAUGUACUUCGCCUGCUCAGAUUGCUGACACACUAGGGGCAUUAGCUUCAGCUCUUAUGAUAUAUGAUAGCAAAGCAGAAUCAAUUAGAGCAUCGGACCCCUUUGUUAUUGAGCAGAUAUUGGUUAAGCAGUUUAAACCUCGAUUGCCAUUUCUUGUACAGGAACGUAUCAUUGAAGCACUAGCCAGCUUGUAUGCAAAUGCUAUUCUCUCAAAGAGACUCGUAAAUUCUGAUGCAAAGCGUUUACUUGUUGGUUUGAUCACAAUGACAACAAAUGAGGUACAGGAUGAGCUUGUAAGGUCCCUUCUCUUACUUUGCAACAAUGAGGGCAGUCUAUGGCGUGCUCUUCAAGGUCGGGAGGGGAUCCAGCUGUUAAUAUCCCUUCUUGGUCUUUCCUCAGAGCAACAACAGGAAUGUGCAGUUGCUUUGCUCUGUCUUUUAUCAAAUGAAAAUGAUGAGAGUAAAUGGGCCAUAACUGCUGCUGGAGGCAUACCCCCACUUGUUCAGAUUCUAGAGACAGGGUCUAUGAAAGCCAAGGAAGAUUCUGCAACAAUCCUGGGAAACCUCUGCAACCACAGUGAAGAUAUACGGGCUUGUGUUGAGAGUGCUGAUGCUGUUCCUUCUUUAUUAUGGCUACUAAAAAAUGGAAGCCAGAAUGGGAAAGAGAUUGCAGCAAAGACAUUGAACCAUCUUAUCCACAAAUCUGAUACUGGGACAAUCAGCCAACUAACUGCCUUGCUAACCAGUGACCUACCAGAAUCUAAGGUUUAUGUUUUGGAUGCCCUGAAAAGUUUGCUUUCAGUGGCUCCUCUUAAGGAUAUAUUACAUCAAGGAAGUGCUGCAAAUGAUGCAUUUGAAACAAUAAUUAAAAUUUUGGGUUCUACAAGGGAAGAAACACAAGCCAAAUCUGCAUCAGUUCUAGCUGCACUCUUUUAUCUCCGGAAAGACUUGCGUGAAAGUAGUAUUGCUGUUAAGACUCUCUGGUCGGCCAUGAAGUUGUUAAAUGUAGACUCUGAAAAGAUAUUAGUAGAAUCUUCAUGCUGCCUUGCUGCCAUUUUCCUUUCAAUUAAACAAAACCGGGAUGUGGCUGCUGUUGCUAGAGAUGCAUUGUCUCCAUUAAUUGUUCUUGCUAACUCUUCAAUUCUGGAAGUUGCAGAACAAGCAACAAGGGCAUUGGCUAAUCUUCUUUUGGAUAAUGAUGUCUCAGGCCAAGCAGUUCCUGAAGAGAUAAUUUUUCCUGCUACAAGAGUGCUGCGAGAAGGGACAAUCGAUGGAAGAACCCAUGCUGCAGCAGCAAUUGCUCGUCUCCUCCAAUGUCGCUCAAUGGACUUCGCAAUUUCCGAUUGUGUAAAUCGUGCUGGGACAGUUCUUGCCUUAGUUUCUCUUCUGGAGUCUGCUAAUACUGAAUCUUCUGCCACAUUGGAAGCACUUGAUGCACUUGCUUUGUUGUCAAGGUCAAAAGGAGCUACUGCAAAUACAAAACCUGCUUGGGCUGUACUGGCUGAAUUUCCACACACUAUAGCCCCAAUAGUUUCAUGCAUAGCUGAUGCAACACCAUUGUUGCAGGACAAAGCUAUAGAAAUUUUGUCAACGCUCUGCCAUGAUCAGCCUGUUGUCCUUGGAAAUACAAUUCCCAGUACCUUAGGUUGUAUAUCAUCAAUCGCAAGAAGGGUAAUUAGUUCCAAAAACAUAAAGGUAAAAGUCGGAGGAACUGCACUUCUUAUUUGUGCUACGAAAGUGCACCACCAAAGAGUCAUUGAAGUUUUGAAUGAGUCAAACUCCUGUGUAUAUCUCAUCCAAUCUCUUGUUGAGAUGCUCAGUUUGGUGCAAGCAUCCCCCUCACUGCAUCAGGAUGACAGUGAAAGCAGGGAGAUAAGCAUUCAUAGGCAUACUAAGGAACAAAGUAGGACUAGUGAAAGUGAAAGUAGCACAACAGUUAUUUCUGGUGACAAAUUAGCUAUUUGGCUGCUUUCUGUCCUUGCGUGUCAUGAUGAUAGAAGUAAAACUGCAAUUAUGGAGGCUGGAGCACUUGAUGUUCUUACAGACAAGAUCUCUCAGUGUUUGCCACAAGCUAUUCAGAAUGACACCAUAGAAGAUAGCAGUACGUGGGUUUAUGCUUUGUUGCUUACAAUUUUGUUUCAAGACAGAGAAAUUAUACGGGCACAUGCAACUAUGAGAUGUGUCCCUGUACUCGCAAACAUGUUGAAGUCAGAGGAGUCAGCAAACAGAUAUUUUGCAGCACAAGCACUGGCUAGUCUUGUCUGUAAUGGUAGCAGAGGGACUCUUCUAGCUGUUGCAAAUUCAGGGGCGGCAGGUGGGUUUAUUUCCUUACUUGGCUGUGCCGAUGUUGAUAUAUGUGACCUUUUGGAAUUGUCAGAGGAGUUUUCUUUGGUGCGCAAUCCAGAUCAGGUUGCUCUAGAGAGGUUGUUUAGAGUUGAUGACAUUAGAGUUGGUGCUACUUCUCGGAAAGCAAUACCUUCACUUGUUGAUUUGCUGAAACCAAUUCCAGAUCGACCUGGUGCACCUUUUCUAGCUCUUGGACUCUUGACGCAACUAGCAAAAGACAGUCCCUCAAACAAGAUCAUGAUGGUUGAGUCUGGUGCCUUAGAGGCACUGACCAAAUAUCUUUCACUUGGUCCACAAGAUGCAACAGAGGAAGCUGCCACAGAGUUAUUGGGGAUUCUAUUUGGAAGUGUGGAAAUACGAAAGCAUGAUUCUGCAUUUGGUGCUAUUAGUCAGCUUGUAGCAGUCUUACGUCUAGGUGGAAGAGGGGCAAGGUAUAGUGCUGCCAAAGCAUUGGAUAGCCUAUUUUCCUCAGAUCAUAUUAGAAAUGCAGAGACUGCUCGGCAAGCUAUUAAGCCCCUUGUAGAGAUUCUUAACACUGGCAUGGAAAAGGAGCAACAUGCUGCUAUCGGUGCACUCGUUAGGUUAUUGUGUGAAAGUCCAUCAAGAGCCUUAGCUGUUGCAGAUGUUGAAAUGAAUGCGGUGGAUGUUCUUUGCAGGAUCCUUUCAUCAAAUUGUUCAAUGGAACUGAAAGGGGAUGCUGCUGAGUUGUGUUGUGUCCUUUUUGGCAACACAAGAAUUAGGUCCACAAUGGCUGCAGCUCGCUGUGUUGAGCCUCUGGUCUCUCUUCUUGUUACUGAGUUUAGUCCUGCUCAUCACUCAGUGGUUCGUGCACUGGAUAAACUGUUGGAUGAUGAGCAACUGGCCGAAUUAGUUGCUGCUCAUGGUGCAGUAAUUCCUCUUGUUGGCCUUCUGUUUGGUAGGAAUUACACACUUCAUGAAUCUAUAUCAAAAGCUCUUGUGAAGUUAGGAAAGGAUAGACCAGCGUGUAAGAUGGAAAUGGUGAAAGCUGGAGUCAUUGAGAGCAUACUUGAUAUCCUCCAUGAAGCACCUGACUUUCUUUGCACUGCAUUUGCAGAAUUGCUUCGGAUAUUGACUAAUAAUACAGGUAUUGCUAAGAGCCCAUCUACAGCCAAAGUGGUUGAGCCCCUUUUCCUGUUGUUAUCAAGACCAGAAUUUGGUCCUGAUGGACAGCACAGUGUUUUACAGGUACUUGUUAAUAUUUUGGAACACCCCCAGUGCCGAGCAGACUAUAAUUUGACUCCUAAUCAAGCUAUUGAACCACUUAUCCCUUUGUUGGAAUCUCUUACUCCAGCUGUGCAACAACUAGCAGCUGAGCUUCUCUCACAUCUGCUCUUGGAGGAACAUCUUCAGAAGAACUUGAUAACACAACAAACUAUUGGCCCAUUAAUACGAGUCCUAGGGUCUGGUAUACCCAUUUUGCAGCAGAGGGCUAUAAAGGCUCUUGUUGCUAUUGCGUUAAUUUGGCCAAAUGAGAUUGCAAAAGAAGGUGGUGUCAAUGAGCUUUCCAAAGUGAUACUGCAAACUGAUCCUCCGUUGCCUCAUGCCUUGUGGGAGUCUGCUGCUUCUGUUUUAGCCAGUAUUUUGCAGUUCAGUUCUGAGUUUUACUUGGAGGUACCCAUUGCAUUAUUGGUACGAUUGCUUCGUUCUGGAACUGAAACCACAGUUGUUGGUGCAUUAAAUGCUCUACUUGUGCUGGAAAGUGAUGAUUCUUCCAGUGCUGAAGCUAUGGCUGAAAGUGGUGCUGUAGAGGCACUUUUGGAACUUCUUAGGUGCCAUCAGUGUGAAGAAACUGCAGCAAGACUGCUGGAAGUAUUGCUAAAUAAUGUGAAAAUUAGAGAAACAAAAGCUGCUAAAUCUGCAAUUGCACCAUUGUCACAAUACCUUUUGGAUCCACAAACUCAAACCCAGCAAGCAAGGUUACUAGCAAGCUUGGCUCUUGGUGACCUAUUCCAGAAUGAGGCUCUUGCUCGAAGUACAGAUGCUGUUUCAGCUUGUCGAGCUCUAGUAAAUCUUCUUGAAGACCAACCUACUGAAGAAAUGAAAGUUGUAGCUAUAUGUGCCCUGCAAAACCUUGUAAUGUACAGUCGAUCAAACAAAAGAGCUGUUGCAGAAGCUGGUGGAGUACAGGUUAUACUCGACCUUAUUGGUUCAAGUGAUCCGGAUACAUCAGUUCAGGCAGCAAUGUUUAUUAAAUUGGUUUUCUCUAACCAUACCAUCCAGGAGUAUGCUUCUAGUGAAACAGUCAGAGCUAUAACUGCUGCUAUUGAGAAGGAUUUAUGGGCCACUGGAAGUGUAAAUGAGGAAUAUCUCAAAGCUCUAAAUGCACUUUUUAGCAACUUCCCACGUUUGAGAGCCACUGAACCUGCUACACUCUGUAUUCCACAUCUGGUGACAUCACUCAAGACUAGCUCAGAGGCAACUCAGGAAGCAGCCUUAGACUCACUUUUCCUCCUUAGGCAAGCUUGGUCGGCAUGCCCAGCUGAAGUCUCCAAAGCCCAAUCAGUUGCUGCUGCUGAGGCAAUUCCCUUGCUGCAAUAUUUGAUCCAGUCUGGCCCUCCUCGAUUUCAGGAGAAGGCAGAACUUCUAUUGCAGUGUUUGCCAGGCACAUUAAUGGUAAUUAUCAAGCGUGGCAACAAUUUGAAGCAAUCAGUGGGAAACCCAAGUGUCUACUGCAAGCUCACACUUGGAAAUACACCACCUAGGCAAACCAAGGUUGUAUCAACUGGUCCUACUCCUGAGUGGGAUGAGGGCUUUGCAUGGGCAUUCGAGAGCCCUCCUAAAGGCCAAAAACUUCACAUCUCCUGCAAAAAUAAGAGCAAAUUUGGAAAGAGCUCAUUUGGUAAAGUAACAAUCCAAAUUGACCGGGUUGUGAUGCUAGGGGCGGUGGCUGGAGAAUAUACUCUGCUGCCUGAGAGUAAAAGUGGGCCUUCACGGAAUCUUGAAAUUGAAUUCCAGUGGUCCAACAAAUAGCAACUCACAUCAGAGUAACUGAUAACUCUUGCUUGUUGUAAUUUAUUCUAGGAAGAAAAUGAGAUGGGAAAGAAACAAGAGUAUUUAUCAUUUAUUAAUUUAUAGUAUCAAUGUACAUAUUCUGCAAGAGAGAGUUGGCCGUAUAGUUUUCUCGCUGCAGUCAUAAAACACAGCAGGGUUUGUUGUCGUUUUAGGUAUAGUUAUGCCAGUUUAUUCUUUUGUAUUUUUUUCUCUUUCUUAUUUCCUGGCCCGAGGAGAGAGCAGCAAAUGUAGCUUCCAUGUUUUGUAUGUUUUUGGUGUUGGUGUUGAUUUUUAGUGUGCUCAUAAAUUUUUUUGGGAGAUGGGGAGUGAGGGAGUGGAGGGAAUAUGACUGGGAUUGUGUUUGUCCUCACCUUCAUUGUAACUUUUUUUAUCGAUUGGAAUUUGAAUAACACAAUAAGAUUGUGAAUGAAUAUCUGUGUUUGAUUCAU